CAAGCCGUGCAACUUAUGUGUGUAUACGGCCUUACAGCCGAGCAAUUGAAUACACUGCCAAUCAGCAUGGCCCUACCACUUUGGGAAGCCUUACGCAAAACUCGCUACCGGCCGCCGAGCUCUGCACCGCGCCGUUUCUAUUCGUUGUGUGGACGAGACGACUUAGCGCUCACUAUUUUCGGUACCGAUAGAACUCUCAACGUGACGGAAAGCUACAAGCAGCGCAAUGAGAUGGAUCAUGAGGCUCAGACCAGCAUUGCUAAAUUGUAUGGGGAGGCUUACGUUAGCCUGGCAGGUCGUGCGAAAGAAGAGACAACCGGCGUUGGCGACCCCCGUGUGCGGCACUUCACCGACAUCCGUUUCCCUGAAGAUUAUCGCUUGCGUGAAGUGGAAACAAUGUUGCGCUCCUCAAGGACAUGCGUUAUUCGUGUACAGGACCGACCUGAUACCAGCGACCACGAUCUUGCAAAUGAACAUCAGAUGCUCAUUAUGCGUAUCGCUGAACGGACGCUCUCGCUCCCACUUGGCAGAGCCGCAUUGACAUUUGCCACUGUUCCAACGGCACAGGCUGAUAGCUACACUUUACCACCUCUGGAGUUUGCCGUCAAAAUACUUCCCCAGGGAAGUGUGCUCAAUCUGGAUGGAGCCAGGCUUACGGACGAAGUUCGCUAUUGGACGGAGUUCAACAACGCGGUGGCUGCGGCCUUGCGCAUAGCGCCGGCAACUAAAGGCGUCGACUACUCCUGGAUUAUCCUCCUCAGCAAGCCACCCGAAUUAUCAUCAAAGCACGCGGGAUUCAUCUACGGUCUAGGCUUGACCGGGCAUCUGCGCUCUAUGCUUCCUUUCCAAGCCUUUGGUUACCUGGCUCCGAAGCACAAUUUCACGACAAUGGCAGUGCUGCUAGGACUCGCAGCUGCACACUGUGGCACUGGCAACGAAACGAUAACCCAAAUGAUCUCCGUGCACACGCCUGCUCUUCUGCCCCCGAAUUCAGCCGAACUAAAUAUCCCUGUACUUACGCAAACCGCAGGCCUCAUGGGCUUGGGUCUUUUGUACAUGGGCACUAGGAAUCGGAAAAUGGCGAGAGUGGCAUUGAGGGAGAUCUCAAGGAAGGAUUUGGUCAAGCCAGGACAAACAGAUGAGCAUCGGGAAUCUUAUGCACUAUCGGCAGGAUUUGCAUUUGGCUUUAUUAUGGUGGGGAAGGGUGCGCAGUCGAAUCCAGCAGAUAUGGCUAUGGUGCAACAACUUCAGCACCUGAUCCAUGGAGAAUGUCCCUCGAUCGAUGUGUUCAAAUAUCAGAAACCGAACUUCGAUGUCACCGUUACUGCACCCGCUGCCAUCGUCGCGUUGAUGCUCAUG